CCGCUGUGGUCCAGUGUGGCGCGAGUCGCGAGAGAGUGAACAAUUGGCGAGAACAGAAACACACAAACUUAUGAACACACUGCUGCUGUAUUAUAUCAGAUAACACAUAACAAAUAUACCCGUUUAACAAACGUGUGAAAAGGACAGCGGUUGGAUUUAUCAGAGGGAACAUGCCGCGGAGAAAGAGAACAGCAGGCAGUAGUUCAGACGGGACUGCAGAUUCUGAUGACUCUGGAGAUCAUGAGAAGACCGACAGCUCCCAUAGUGAAGCCAAUCAGCGCAAUAACACCCGUCUGACCCGAGCGUCACUGCGCCUAAGCCAAAGCUCUCAAGAUGCUCCACCGGAUGUGAAGCAAGCAGCAGAGAGAGACGAGUCUCCCCCCAGGACGCCCACAGGAAACGCCCCCUCAUCUGAAUCAGACAUCGACAUAUCCAGCCCCAAUGCAUCCCACGAUGAGAGCGUGACUAAAGACCAGAAAGACUCUGGCAGCGAUCCCUCUCAUCGUCCAAAACGCCGCCGCUUUCAUGAGAGCUACAACUUCAAUAUGAAGUGCCCCACACCUGGGUGCAAUUCUCUGGGACAUUUAACAGGGAAACAUGAGCGACAUUUCUCCAUAUCAGGAUGCCCUCUCUACCAUAACCUGUCAGCAGAUGAGUGCAAGGUGAAAGCCAUCGAGCGUGAGAAACAAGAGGAAGAGCGCAGUCAGGGGCAGAAUGAGGAGAACAGACACGCUACUCGACAUCAGGCACCAACUCCAAGACAGGUUCGAUAUAAAGAGAAGGUCAUGGAGAUGAGGAAGAGGAGGGAUUCUGGCCUGACAAAAGACCAAAAAGAAAAGUAUAUGGAGCACAGACAGACACAUGGCACAACUCGAGAACCACUGCUGGAGAACAUCACCAGUGAUUAUGAUCUGGAGCUCUUCAGAAAAGCUCAAGCCCGCGCAUCAGAGGAUCUGGAGAAGCUGCGUCUGCAGGGUCAGAUCACAGAGGGCAGUAACAUGAUCAAGACCAUCUUAUUUGGCCGUUAUGAGCUAGACACUUGGUACCACUCUCCCUACCCUGAGGAAUAUGCCCGUCUGGGGCGUCUGUAUGUCUGUGAGUUCUGCCUCAAGUACAUGAAGAGCCAGACCAUCCUGCGCAGACAUAUGGCCAAAUGUGUGUGGAAACACCCUCCUGGUGAUGAAGUCUACAGAAAAGGUGCCAUCUCUGUGUUUGAGGUUGAUGGGAAAAAGAACAAGAUCUAUUGCCAGAACCUCUGUUUGCUGGCCAAGCUGUUCCUGGACCAUAAAACACUGUACUAUGAUGUGGAGCCUUUCCUGUUUUAUGUCAUGACUGAAGCUGAUAACACAGGCUGUCACCUCGUGGGAUAUUUCUCAAAGGAGAAGAACUCGUUCCUGAAUUACAAUGUGUCUUGCAUCCUGACAAUGCCACAGUACAUGAGACAGGGCUAUGGCAAGAUGCUGAUUGAUUUUAGUUACCUGCUGUCGAAGGUUGAAGAGAAGGUUGGUUCUCCUGAGCGCCCUCUAUCGGAUUUGGGCUUAAUCAGUUAUCGCAGCUAUUGGAAGGAAGUUCUGCUGCGGUACAUGUACAACUUCAAGGGCAAAGAGAUCUCCAUCAAAGAGAUCAGUCAAGAGACUGCAGUGAACCCUGUGGACAUUGUCAGUACACUGCAGUCACUUCAGAUGCUCAAGUACUGGAAGGGGAAGCAUCUAGUCUUGAAACGACAGGACCUGAUUGAUGAGUGGAAGGCCAAAGAGACCAAAAGAGGCAACAACAACAAGACCAUUGACCCCAGCUCUCUGAAAUGGACCCCUCCCAAAGGAACCUAACGGACUUCCAUGUUACAUUUUACACUUAACUGCCGUUAAAUCUUUUUAUGACUCCAUCAAUGUCUUUUGCAAUGGCUUCAGCUGUUGUCAUUUUUGUCUCUUUUUAUGUGCUCUUUGUAACUCUGGAAUCUCUCACAUUUGUUUUAUACAGUGCUAUUUAUUUUUUGAAGUCUCAGAAUUUUUCUCCGGCCAAAGUAUUUUCUUUGCCCCAGCAUAUAUUUUAAAAUUAGAAGUAUUUUGAUUUUUUUUUAAAGCAAAAAAUAGUUUCAAUCAAUAGAAUGUAGAAAAAAAAAUGGGGCCUUACAAAAAGACUUUAGAUUUACAUUAUUACACAUUCUUUAUUUUCUUCAAACAUUGUUUCUUGGUUUGUUUGUGUUGAAAGAUUUGUGAAAAUGUUUUCAUGUAAAUCAGAACGGAGAAAAAAAAACUCAUUUUUGAUAAAUACUUUUAUUGUGUCACAUUUAAUAUCUAAAGCAAGACAUUUACUUGCUUAAAAAUGCUCCCAAAUGAUGUUCUCAUUAGGUAUAAUGUUGGUUCCAGUGAAGAGUCAAAAAUAAUUGUAUUCUGAUACACUGAGGCUAGUGAAGUCUGUAAUACAGCAUUGGAAAAUGUCAUCAGUAGUACUGCAGUCUGUCCCAUUCCUCUUGAAGAUCUGCUGUGAGAAAAACUUGAUUUCAGAUUUAUAAACUUCUGGUUCAUUUCAUCAUUUUUGCAUAAAUACAGUUCUUAUACAGUUCUA